AUGGAGGACGCAGUAAACACAGACCGCGAUGUCCCUGAGGACCGUCGCAUGACGCGCGGUAUGAAGGCCGCGGGUGAAGUGAUUCCUCCGGUCGUUCCCCCCGUUAAGAAGCGGUCGAGAUUGCAGAAGUCCAAGCCGAUCGAUGUAAAGCCAGAGGAUUCCAAGGACAAUGACAACAGGUCAUCUCAGGAUCUUUACCAACUCUCAGUCAAGCGCAAGAAGGCAAAGACACCUCCGUUUGACCCCACCAAUCCGUGGGCAUGCGGCCCAGAUGGCGUUCCAGUCAUUGACAGAAUCGUCUGGCAUCUCACCAGAGCCUACGCCAGGACCCCCACAGAAGAUGAACUAUCGGAGGCGGUCCACAAGUACAAGUGGCGCGCCACUACAAAACAUAGUCUUGGGGAUCUGAAGACGAUGGCCCUUACCGAGAAGCACCAGGCUCGCAAGAAGCUGGCAGAGAAUCCCGAAGACAAGCUCCAGCAAAUCAAACUUGAUCUACUCAAGGUGAUCACUGCCCACAGCACGGGCGAGUACUCCGACGCUAUGUCCGCAAAAUGGAGAGAGGGUCGCGAAAAGGUCAAGAUGGACUAG